UUGGCAAACUCUUCAAAAUGGCGUCUAAAAGAAAAAUUAUAUUCAACGAAAAUAAGGAUGAAUGAUAUUGGAAUGAUGCAACCCCUUUUAAAGCAAAAUAAAGAAGAAUGAGGGAAUACACACAAAAAUGACGGAGCUUGAUGGUGGUCUCUGUACAGCUGAUGCUUUAUCUACCUUACAUGAUGAAUUAGAAAAUGAAAUCAUUCAAUAUGAAGAUAAGCUUCAUGCUUCAAAAACAAGAAAGUUACUUAGAUGUUUGAAUCCUUAUGAGGUGAAAUCUGCUUUUCACUGUACCAGUAUUAUAAUUCUGAGUUUGUUGUCAGUAGCAUUGGUUGUGGCUUUUGGUGCAUUCUUAAGUAGUUCUUUAGAUAGUAAUCCUUUCUGGUGGAUAAUAGAAGUAGUUGUAUGGUUGAUAGUACUUGCACUGAAUAUUACCAACAGCAUAUGGAACUGUCAUAUAGAAUUAAAGGAAAUUAUCAAUGUUGCCAGACUUACUUUAAAAAAGAUCAAAGAUUGUUUGAAAGCUCCCGCAUGGACUAUUGAUGAUUAUGUUAACAUUCACACCCCUUUAUCACCAUGUGUUUCACUACAAUGGACACUUAGAGAUAAUCAGGUGGUUAAUUUACCUGUCCCAUUACUGGUAGCUGGUGAUGUAAUACUAUUAAGGCCUGGACAUAUUGUUCCUGGUAGCUGUAGACAAUUAGAGGCAGAUGAUAAAGAGGUAUUAUUGAAUCAGGGAGAAAUGUAUUGUUCUACCGCUCAAGAAGACCCUGACUACAAAGGAACACCACACAACUGUAAACCUGUUACUGCUCAAAAAUUUGUGAUGCUAGAAACAGUAUUUUUACAAAAUUUGAGAACUAUGCUGGAAGAUGAGUUUCCAAGACCUGUGACAGUAAUAGAAAAUGAGAGAUAUUUAAUAGCAAGUCAUUUGGUGGAGAGGAGAUUAAUACCUGUAGUUUUUGCAAUAAUGUUAUUGGUAAACAUUCUAAGAUACAUAUAUAUGCCAUCUCACAGUGGACAUUGGACAGAAAUGUUCCUUGUUUUACAGGUCCAUAUCAUUCUUCCUAUGGUACCAGCUUUAUAUCCAUUGUUAUGGAGGAUUCUUGAUAUUUAUGGUCAAGCCAGAGUAUUUUCAGCAUCUCACACAGCAAAAUAUACCAAGGUUGAUUCCGAGAGUAGUUUUAGUAGUGACAGUACUAUCUCAGAGGAUGAUACCAAACUGGAUGUGAACUACAAUAAAAUCCUUAGCUGGUUCUGGUCAAUAUUACAGGGAGAUUGUUCUGUAGUUACCAGGAGAGUUAAUAUUACACAAGUUCUUGGUUCUAUAACAUCUCUCUGUUGUGUUGAUAAAAAGGGAAUAUUAUCUUGGCCUAAUCCUACAGCAGAAAAGGUCUUCUUUCUUUCCUCCAACACAAAGAAACCGGCAGAGGAAAACAUUGCAAUUAAUACAAGCUUUAGUAGUGGUGAAAAAUCUAAAAUCCAAACAUCAGCAUAUGGAUCAUUAAGUCAUACUGAAGUUCUUGAUCUUACUCAUCAUUCUAAGGAUGCCUUUGGGUUACAGUUUGAUGAUUCAACAUGGCUGAAACAUAUAACAUCACUCAAGCCACUGGGAUUAAACAUUUUAGCAAACACUUGUAACAAAAGAACUAGAGACUGGUACACUCAGUUUACUGACCAUGUGGCAUGUGUGGCAUUGGAAAGAGAAGAUACUGUGGCAGUGAUAAAUAGAAGGUGCUUGUGUGAAUUAGCCAGACAAAUAGGAUUUACCAAAAAAGCAUUAGACAUAUUUGAACUGGAUAGAACAUUAGGAAUGUACAGACAAGUUUCAGCUGAAGAAUCUGCCAAAGAGAGGGUCAACAGGUCAAAAUCCUUUGUUCAGCAUAAAAUACCUAUGCCAAAUAUGGUAUCUGUUGUAUUGAAAGAUAGCAAUUCAGGUAUGAGCCAGGUUCUUUCCCAAGGUACAGCUGACAUUUUACUGGAUUGCUGCAGUGAUUACUGGAAUGGAGAAGAUGUCAGUACUUUUACAGAAAGUGAUAGAAAGAAGAUUUUAGACUUUUAUCAUAGAACAAGUAUGGCAUCUUACUGCACAGCUUUCAGUUAUAGACCACUAACACAACAAAUAUCAGCCAGUCUAGAUGGUGCCUUCAUUCAGCUCCCUCAAAACUGGGCUUGUAUGAGUCGGGAUAUCUCAACAUCUGUAGACUCAGAUAUCCAUAUGAUGCCUUUUGACUCCACUUCAUUGUAUGAAGAUAACAGGGCCUAUAGUAUGGAUUCUCUGUUUGAUACGACCAGUACAGCAUCAGUUGAUGAUGUUGGCGGAUGUUGUAAUGUACAGUGUAAUCAAAUAUUUAUAGGAAUGGUUACCAUGCAGUAUCAGGCCAGACAGGAAUUUGUGCAAUUAAUUGAUAAAUUAGAAGUAGCCUGUAUUAGAUUUGUUCAUUUCUCAAAUGAGAAUGAAGUCAGAAGCAGGGUAUUUUCUGAGAAAAUGGGAUUAGAGGCAGGAUGGAACUGUCAUAUAUCCCUAUUAUCAGAACAGGAAACCAAAUCUCCCCUAGAAACAGCCACCUCACAAACAGAAAUAGCUAAGGGUUUUUCCAGACAUUCUAGUCGUCAUUCCUCUGAUGUUGCCAAGGACAAAUCAUUUACUAGUCUUAAAGCUAAAUAUAGCAAACUACAGUUGAGAAGUCAGAGUGCACCUAGUAUAGUCAAUCUUAGUUCUUCACAAGUUAGGUUUGAAAUGAAUGAAGCAGUUACUAUUUCUGAAAAUGGAAUACUAGAUGAAGUGUCCAUUGACGGCAAACAAAAACUUUUAUAUGGCAUUGAAUGUCAAGAAGAUAGUGAUUAUUGUUUAUCUAAUAAAGACAGUGAUGGAGAAAGUCGUCAUGCAUCAAGUUAUUUGACAGAAAAUACUGAGGACAGUAUCACAGGACCUUUAGAUAAUCGGGCUAAGCUUCCAAGAGGGAUAGAAAAUAUCCGACCACAUUUACAGAGCAUAGAUAAUGUUCCUUUAUUGGUUAACUUGUUUACCGAUUGUACACCAGAAACCACAGAAGAAAUGAUGAGGAUCAUGCAGGAGAAUGAUGAAGUGGUCCUCUGUGUUGGCAGCUCAUUAAAUAUAAAUAAUACUAACAUGUUUAUGCAGGCUGAUUGCAGUUUUUCAUUGGAACCUCAUUAUCCACAAAUUUGUGCCAAACAGGCCUUAAAUGUGGAGAGAUGGUGUGACGACAGACUAUCUCCUACACAGUUAGCUAAUGUGAUGAUCAGUAUACCAUGUCCACUCAUGUUUAGACGAGAUGAUUAUAUAGGCCUUGUCCAGAUUGUUGCUGAGGCCAGAACAUUUUUGAUGUCACAAAGAAAUUGUUUUUAUUUGAUGUUAUGCUACCACCUUUCAAUCAGCCUGUCACAGGUUUUGGCCAGUAUUGUCCUGUUACCACCAGUUUUAUCCAGUCAACAUCUGUUAUGGUUGUUAUUCAUAGUAGUACCUGCACUUAGCCUCACUUUGAUGGGGAAUCCAGUAGACCCUCGGGUGAUGAAUAAUGCUACCAGUAAAAAUCCUGAAUAUAUUAGUACACAGAUGGUGCUACAAUUCCUGUGUUGUUUUUUGUUACGUUUUGUACCAUUUACCUGUAUUUCGAUACUAUGUUUUGGUUUGACCUUGAACUCAUUGUGUGACAUUUCUUCAUGUUCAUUAUACUCAUUUAGUCAUAAUAAUUCCACACAGUACUGGUAUGAUGACUUCUCUGAAAGUUUACCUAUUGCUCAAAAUGUGUUCCUGUUUUUCUUUGUGUUGUAUCUCAUAUGUACAUCAGUAGGAUUUGUUCAUUGGUUUGACCACUUAUGGCAGAAAUCUCCAACAACAAACAAGUUAUGGACCUGUGUCAUUCCUUUAGUUUUAGUUGGUCAAGUGAUUGUUAGUGUCUGUGAUAUUUUUCUACGAAGUAAGGAUCAAAGUCCAAUGUCAUUUUCUAACAUACAUCCAGCAGUAUAUGCUGUAGGAUUUAGUUUCCCUCUUGUUAUAAUUGGUGUAAAUGAACUUGUAAAGAAAUAUGAAAUCAAUAUUUACACUAGAUAUCAGAAAAGGACAAGACUGAACUUUGGAACAAAACUUGGAAUGAAUUCACCAUUCUAAUUGAACAUGAUUUUUAAUUAUUUAUUAUUUACAAAUUAAGAGCAUUUUAAACAGGUUUUAAUCAUAAUUUUUUAAAGACUAUGGACUAUGUAUUGAAACCUGCCUAUUGUUAAUGACUAUGGGUUGUCCCCUAAAUGUUUUGAUUUUUUAGCUCACCUAACCUGAAAGGUCAAGUGAGCUUUUCUCAUCACUUGGUGUCUGUCGUCCGUAAACUUUUACAAAAAUCUUCUCCUCUUAAACUACUGGGCAAAAUUUAACCAAACUUGGUCACAAUCAUCAUUGGGGUAUCUAGUUAAAAAAAUGUGUGGCGUAACCCCGCCAACCAACCAAGAUGGCCGCCACGGCUAAAAAUAGAACAUAGGGGUAAAAUGCAGUUUUUGGCUUAUAACUCAAAAACCAAAGCAUUUGGAGCAAAUCUGACAGGGGUUAAAUUGUUGAUCUGGUCAAGAUCUAUCUGCCCUUAAAUUUUCAGACGAAUCGGACAACCUGUUGUUGGGUUGCUGCCCCUGAAUUGGUUAUUUUAAGGAAAUUUUGCAGUUUUUGGUUAUUAUCUUGAAUACUAUUAUAGAUAGAGAUAAACUGUAAACAGCAUUAAUGGUCAGCAAAGUAAGACCUACAAAUAAGCCAGCAAGACCAAAAUUGUCAGUCAUUCCCUUAAGGAGUUAUUGCUCUUUAUAGUCAAUUUUUAACAACUUUUCGUCAUUUUUUGUAACUUGUACAAAAAUCUUCUUCUCUGAAACCACAUGGCCAAAUUUAACCAAACUUAGCCACAAUUAUCAUUGUGGUAUAUUGUUUAAAAAAUGUGUUGAUGACAUUGCCUACCAAACAAAAUGGCCAACAUGGCUAAAAUUAGAACCCAGUGGUAAAAUGCAGUUUUUGAUUUAUAUCUUUGAAACUAAGACAUUUAGGGCAAAUCUCUCAAGAUUUAAAUGUCAAUCAGAAUAAGAGCUAUCCCCUCACAAAUUUUCAGAAGAAUCGGACAGCUCGUUUUUGGGUUGCUGCCCUAAAAUUGAUAAAUUUAAGGAAAUUUUGCAGUUUUUGGUUAUCAUCUUGUAUACUAUUAUAGAUAGAGAUAAACUGUAAACUGCAAUAAUGUUCAGCAAAGUAAGAUCUACAAAUAAGUCAACAUGAUCAAAAUUGUAAGAGGACCCCUUAAGGAGUUAUUGCCCUUUAUAGUCAAUAUUGAACAACUUUUCGUCAUUUUUGUAACUUGUACAAAAAUCUUCUUUUCUAAAACUAUGGGCCAAAUUUAACCAAACUUGGCCACAAUUAUUACUAGGGUAUCUAUUUAAAAAAAAGUGUCUUAUGACCCCACCUACCAACCAAGAUGAUUGACAUCAGUAAAUACAGUAACAGGUGAGCGACACAGGCUCUUGAGAGCCUCUAGUUUGUUUUGCUGUCUGGUUAAUGUAUGCUCUACAUUUCCCUUUCAUUCAAAUUUAUAUUAAGGUAAUAACAGUUAAAAUCCCAAUGAUUUUACUUUCAACAUGUACAUUUGUAUUCUUAUUUGCCAUUACAAUACCUUUCCAGUAUUAAAUUAGCCUUUUGUGUCUAUUUAUAACUGAAUGACUUCUUUGCAUGCUCUAGCUCUAGAUGAAGUUGAGACAUCUUUUAGUCCUACUUAAACAGUUCAACAAAGUUAUUUUUUAUUGAUAAUUUUUCAGAACAAAUCUAUUUUUCAUAAAUUCAGAUGACUUUAUUAAUAAGCAAAGUAAAAAUUAGUUUUACUACUUACAGAAAUAUGUUUGAGCUGUUGUAUCAAUACAUUUUUUGUUUUAUUGUUUUCUGUUUGAUAAAACCAUCAGGUGAAAGAAAUAUGUUGUUCAGUUACUGGAGCUUAAAUCAUGUGACAAAUUUAUAUUACAUUGUAUAAGCAAAAUACUCAGAAAUAUUACAAGUAAAACUGAGCAUUCAAUGUCUUCUUUGUUUAUUUGUGAUUAUUUUGUAUACAAAUGAAAC